AUGGUCAACUCCUGUUGUGGCUCCGUCUGCUCAAAGAGCUCAGGCCAGGAGACCUGCUGCCACCCCAGCUGCUGCCAGACCACCUGCUGCCGCCCCAGCUGCUGUGUGUCCAGCUGCUGCCAGCCCUCCUGCUGUGGUUCCAGCUGCUGUGGCUCCAGCUGCUGCAGGCCUAGCUGCUGCAUCUCUAGCUGCUGCCGCCCCACCUGCUGCCAGACCACCUGCUGCCGCCCCACCUGCUAUGUGUCCAGCUGCUGCCAGCCCUCCUGCUGUGGUUCCAGCUGCUGUCACUCCAGCUGCUGCAGGCCUAGCUGCUGCAUUUCCAGCUGCUGCCGCCCCUCCUGCUGUGGAUCCAACUGCGGUGGCUCCAGCUGCUGUGGCACUAGCUGCUGCCUCCCCUCCUCCUGUGGCUCCAGCUGCUGUAGGCCUAGCUGCUGCAUUUCCAGCUGCUGCCGCCCCUCCUGCUGUGGAUCCAACUGCGGUGGCUCCAGCUGCUGUGGCACUAGCUGCUGCCUCCCCUCCUCCUGUGGCUCCAGCUGCUGUGGCUCCAGCUGCUGCCGCCCCUCCUGCUGCUGCCCCUCCUGCUGCCUGCGCCCAGUCUGUGGCCAGGUCUCCGGCCACACCACCUGCUAUCGCCCCACCUGUGUCAUCUCCACCUGCCCCCGCCCCAUGUGCUGUGCCUCCUCUUGCUGUUGA